CGCAGCUUCCUCGCGCAGCCUGGGACAUCCUUGAAGAAUGCGCUGUCCACUAAACUCCGUCAGAGCGGGACGCCGGGCUCUCGACUGUCAUCCUAGGUGACAAGAUGGUGGAGAGAACGUGAGUGGUGCCCGCCCCAUCUCCACACGUGGAGCCAUGCAGAAGCCCAGCGGCCUGAAGCCCCCCGGCCGGGGGGGGAAGCACUCCAGCCCCAUGGGCAGGACCUCUACGGGCUCGGCCUCCUCUGCCUCGCCAUCUGCAGCAACCACGGGCUCCAAGGAAGUUCAGAACCUGGGAGAGGGGCGAGCAUCGCGCCAGGGCCGCGUGGAGGGCGGGCAGGUGGUUAUUACGGACGCCGUGCUGGGCUCCGGCAAGGCCGGCAACGAGUCCGGCUCCAACCUGUCCGACAGCGGCUCGGUGAAGCGGGGCGACAAGGACCUGCGGCUGGGGGACCGCGUGCUGGUUGGCGGGACGAAGACGGGCGUGGUGCGGUACGUGGGGGAGACUGACUUUGCCAAGGGUGAGUGGUGCGGCGUCGAGCUGGACGAGCCCCUGGGGAAGAACGAUGGCGCAGUGGCGGGCACCAGGUACUUCCAGUGUCCACCCAAGUUUGGUCUCUUCGCGCCUAUCCAUAAGGUGAUUCGCAUCGGCUUCCCCUCCACCAGCCCUGCCAAGGCCAAGAAGACCAAGCGCAUGGCCAUGGGCGUCUCGGCGCUCACCCACAGCCCCAGCAGCUCCUCCAUCAGCUCUGUCAGCUCCGUGGCCUCCUCCGUCGGAGGCCGGCCCAGCCGCAGUGGUCUGCUCACAGAGACAUCCUCGCGCUAUGCCCGCAAGAUCUCGGGCACCACAGCCCUGCAGGAGGCGCUGAAGGAGAAGCAGCAGCACAUCGAGCAGCUGCUGGCGGAGCGUGACCUGGAGCGUGCCGAGGUGGCCAAGGCCACCAGCCACAUUUGCGAGGUGGAGAAGGAGAUUGCCCUGCUCAAGGCGCAGCACGAGCAGUACGUUUCAGAGGCAGAGGAGAAGCUCCAGCGGGCGCGGCUGCUGGUGGACAGCGCACGGAAGGAGAAGGUGGAAUUGUGCAACCAGCUGGAGGAGGAGAGGAGGAAAGUAGAGGACCUGCAGUUCCGUGUGGAGGAGGAGUCCAUCACCAAGGGGGACCUGGAGACCCAGACCCAGCUGGAGCACGCUCGCAUUGGGGAGCUGGAACAGAGCCUGCUACUGGAGAAGGCGCAGGCCGAGCGGCUGCUCAGGGAGUUAGCGGACAACAGGCUGACCACGGUGGCCGAGAAGUCUCGGGUUCUGCAGUUGGAGGAGGAGCUGAGCCUGCGGCGCGGUGAGAUCCAGGAGCUGCAGCAGUGCUUGCUGCAGUCAGGGCCGCUGCCUGCGGACCACCCCGAGGCUGCCGAAGCGCUGCGGCUGCGGGAGCGGCUGCUGUCCAGCCAGGAGCGGCAGCCAGAGGGCAGCGCGCUCCGGGACAAGUAUGAGGAGGCGCUGAAGGCCUAUCAGGCCGAGGCGGACAGGCUGCGGGCGGCCAACGAGAAGUACGCGCAGGAGGUGGCCGACCUGAAGGCCAAGGUGCGGCAGGCCACGCACGAGAACAUGGGCCUCAUGGACAACUGGAAGUCCAGGCUGGACUCGCUGGCCUCUGACCACCAGAAGUCCCUGGAGGGGCUCAAGGCCACGCUGAGCUCGGGCCCGGGUGCCCAGCAGAAGGAGAUCGGAGAGUUGAAGGCUGUGAUAGAGGGUAUCAAAAUGGAGCACCAGCUGGAGUUGGGCAAUCUGCGUGCCAAGCAGGACCUGGAGACAGCCAUGCACGCCAAGGAGAAGGAGGGCCUGCAGCAGAAGCUGCAGGAGGCCCAGGACGAGCUGGCUGGCCUCGGGCAGCAGUGGCAGGCCCAGCUGGAGGCCCAGGCCGCACAGCACCGGCAGGAGCUGCAGGAGGCUCAGGACCGGUGCCGGGAUGCCCAGCUACGCGUGCAGGAGCUGGAGGGGCUGGAUGUGGAGUACCGCGGCCAGGCGCAGGCCAUCGAGUUCCUCAAGCAGCAGAUCGCCCUGGCCGAAAAGAAAAUGCUGGACUUCGAGCUGCUGCAGCGGGCCGAAGCCCAGAGCAAGGCGGAGGCCGAGGGGCUUCGGGAGAAGCUCCUGGUGGCGGAGAACAGACUCCAGGCGCUCGAGGCCCUGUGCUCGGCUCAGCACAGCCACGUGAUCGAGGCCAAUGACCUUUCGGAGGAGAAGAUGAGCAUGAAGGAGACGCUGGAGGACCUGCAGGACAAGCUCCACAAGAGGGACAAAGAGGUGAUGGCGUUGACGUCCCAGGCCGAGACACUUGGGGCCCAAGUAAGUGCGCUGGAGGCCAAGUGCAAGGCCGCGGAGAAGAGGACGGACACACUGCUGAAGGAGAAGCGGCGUCUGGAGGCGGAGCUGGACGCCGCGGCCCGCAGGACUCAUGACGGCUCAGGCCAGCUGGUCACCCUCAGCAGGGAGCUGCUGCGGAAGGAGCGGAGUCUGAACGAGCUGAGGGUGCUGCUCCUGGAGGCCAAUCGCCACUCGCCGGGACCUGAGCGGGACCUGAGCCGCGAGGUGCACAAGGCUGAGUGGCGGAUCAAGGAGCAGAAACUGAAGGAUGACAUCCGGGGUCUGCGGGAGGAGCUCACGGGGCUGGACAAGGACCGGGGCCUGGCCGAGCAGAGACGCUUCUCCCUCAUCGACCCCACAUCCGCGCCGGAGCUGCUCCGCCUGCAGCACCAGCUGCUGAGCACCGAGGAUGCGCUGCGCGAGGCCCUGGAGCUCACGCGGCAAGUGGAGAAGUUCGUGGAGGCCAUGCGGGGCCCUGACCGGGCCCAGACCUUCACUUCCGGUUCUGCCAAUGGCAUCCAUCAACCAGACAAGGCCCAGAAGCAAGAGGACCGGCACUGACCCCGUGGACCUGGAGGCGGCGUGGCCAGCCGUGACCAUAGCAACCUUGCCCCUGCCGGACCAGGAGGUGCCCGGAGCUUGCCAUCCACCGCAGCCCGCCUGUCUCAGCCCUCACUUGGGCAUGAAGAAGCUUCUGGAACUCUUAGGGAGAAGCUAAGAUAACCCUGCCAGAGACUCCCCGGAGCAAGCUGCCCUGGGUGCCAGGGCCAGGCUGUGUCCCCCGCUGUCCCUGCCCCUGGCCCCUAGGACAAGGUGGUGGGAGGCCGGCUGGGCCCCGCCAGCCUCAGUAUUAUGCCCGCACCAGCUCCUCUCCACCCUGCGGCCUCGGGCAGCCCUGGCCUGGAGCCAGGGUGACCAGGGCUGGUACCACACUGUCCCCAGGCCACACAGCAAGCGUGAGGUGCGGGGCGGCGCUCACCCCUGCGGGCCCCCAGUUCCAGGAGGGCGGCCUGAUGUCCCUCCCCCAGGUACAGGCUGGCAAGGGUCACAGUCACCCCAAGGCAGCUAUGGGGGGCAGCCAUGUACCCGCCUAUGCCCCCCACUCCCCGCUGGCUUCCGUAGCGGAUUUAGUAACAUCGGCUUAGAAGCGAUGCGUGUUAGUGGUUUGGCCAGAGACUGUACUGCAGCUUCUAGCACAGUCCAGCAGCUCUGAGUACUAGCGGGCCCAGGCCGGGAGGGUGGCCCGGCAGGUUUGUGACAAGCCAUCUGGAUGGCCUGCCGCACGGCCACCAGGUCCUCUCCUGGCCCUGCCCUUCCCCGCCCUAACCCCCUCCACCCCCUCCC